AUGAUCUGGUGGGCGUUGCGGUCGAAGUUGGUACCAGAGACCUACGUGGAAAUCGUACGUGACAUGUACCGCAACUCCGAUUCAAUAGUCAGGACCGCUGUUGGUGAUACCACCCCCUUCCCCAUAACCGUAGGCGUGCAUCAGUGCUCCGUCUUAAGUCCCUAUCUCUUCAGUGUGAUAUUAGAGGAACUGUCAGCCAGCGUACAGAAACUACCGCAGCCUUGGCUGCUUAUGUACGCUGAUGAUAUCGCACUGGUAGAUGGGGACAAAGGACGGCUCACCAGACGCGUGCACGUAUGGAGGGAGGCGCUUGAGAACGGCGGGUGA